UCAUUUCAUUUCAUUCUCUUUCUGUCCUCUUUUUCUCUUUCUCUCUUCUGCGUUGUUUGUGUUUGUAGGAUUCCCAUUCCCACCUAUUUCUCCGAACACAAAAGCACAAAAAAGACAACACAAACAAAAGAAAGGAAAAGAGGAAGUUUUUAAACACGGCAAAAACCAAAACAAAAACACAAAGGAGAAGGAGAAAUUUCGAGACCGUUCGCCGUAAAUGCUCAUCUCUCCGGCGUCGUUUCAAGUUAUUUACUCCCAUUCUGUUUCGGAAAUGCAGUAGCCAUCAAGUUGAGGAAGAAAACGAAGAGAUAAAUAUUAUAGAGGAUAGAGAAGUUCUUUUUUCAGUGAGGAAGGGAAGAGUUCAAAAAUGCACGAAGCACUUUUCAAUGAGCAGAGCGACGUAGUUUUAAACUCCAAGAAGAAGAAAUCCGACGACGAGAAAGACCAUCUCUUAGUUGCUGUAACAACUCCUAUGGCUCACCAGCACCGGAGCCGAUCUCAAGCCACAACGCGGCGCGUGACUCCCACGACUACCGCCACAGCCUUCGUAGGUACGGGUGCUACCGUCGAGAAACUCCUUCCCAACGGUGAUCUGUACAUCGGUAGCUUCUCCGGUAACGCGCCUCACGGAUCGGGAAAGUACCUUUGGAAAGAUGGAUGCAUGUAUGAAGGCGAGUGGCGUCGCGGAAAAGCGUCGGGCAAAGGGAAGUUCUCGUGGCCUUCCGGAGCCACUUUCGAAGGCGAUUUCAAGUCAGGUCGGAUGGAAGGAUUCGGGACGUUCAUCGGAUCCGACGGCGACACUUAUCGUGGGUCGUGGAGCUCUGAUCGAAAGCACGGGUACGGCCAUAAACGUUAUGCUAAUGGGGAUUACUACGAAGGAUCUUGGAAGAAAAAUCUACAAGACGGACACGGCCGUUAUGUUUGGAGUAACGGGAACGAAUACGUCGGGGAAUGGAAAAAUGGGGUUAUCAACGGUCGUGGAACGCUGAUUUGGGCAAACGGAAACCGGUACGACGGGCAAUGGGAAAACGGAGUACCCAAAGGAAGCGGGGUUUUCUCUUGGCCGGACGGAAGUUGUUAUAUCGGAGCGUGGAACGAAGAUAACAUGAAGAAAAUUCAACAGUUAAACGGAACGUUUUACCACGGGAACGACGGUAAAGAGCAUUGUCUAAAAGGAGGGGAGAGUUUGGUGGUUAUGCCGAGGAAAAGAUCGUCGGUAGAUGGAAGGGGAAGCUUAGGGGAAAGGAAUAUGAAUUUUCCUAGGAUUUGUAUAUGGGAAAGUGAUGGUGAAGCGGGGGAUAUUACUUGUGAUAUAAUUGAUAAUGUGGAAGCUUCAAUGAUUUAUAGAGAUGGGUUAGGAUUAGAUCGAGAUGGGUUUAGGCAAUUUAGAAGGAAUCCUUGUUGUUUUAGUGGGGAAAUUAAGAAGCCAGGACAAACGAUUUCGAAAGGCCAUAAGAAUUAUGAUUUAAUGCUUAAUUUGCAAUUGGGUAUCAGGUAUUCUGUUGGGAAACAUGCUUCAAUUUUGCGGGAUUUGAAGCCGAGUGAUUUUGAUCCCAAAGAGAAGUUCUGGACGAGGUUUCCAGCUGAAGGUUCAAAGCUAACACCUCCUCAUCAAUCCGUGGAGUUUCGGUGGAAGGAUUAUUGUCCAGUGGUAUUUAGACAUUUGAGAGAGCUAUUCCAAGUAGAUCCUGCUGAUUACAUGCUAGCUAUCUGCGGCAAUGAUGCCCUUAGGGAACUUUCUUCUCCGGGGAAGAGUGGAAGCUUCUUUUACCUUACUCAAGAUGACAGAUUUAUGAUAAAAACAGUAAAGAAAUCAGAAGUCAAGGUGCUUAUAAGGAUGCUUCCAAGUUAUUACCAACAUGUUUGUCGGUAUGAAAAUUCCCUUGUGGCAAAAUUCUAUGGCGUUCAUUGUGUCAAACCCAUUGGUGGCCAGAAGACCCGUUUCAUUGUGAUGGGCAAUUUGUUCUGCUCGGAGUACCGAAUUCAUAGACGGUUUGACCUUAAAGGAUCCUCCCAUGGCCGCUCAACUGAUAAGCCAGAAGAGGAAAUUGAUGAAACCACAACCCUAAAAGACCUGGAUCUCAAUUUUGUGUUUCGCCUGCAAAGAAACUGGUUCCAGGAGCUUAUGAAGCAAAUUGAUCGAGAUUGUGAGUUCUUGGAAGCUGAGAGAAUUAUGGAUUACAGUCUUUUGGUUGGAUUACACUUUCGUGAUGACAAUAGAGGUGACAAAAUGGGUUUGUCACCAUUUCUCUUGCGCACUGGCAAAAAGGAUUCAUAUCAAAAUGAAAAGUUUAUGCGUGGCUGUAGAUUCCUUGAAGCAGAGCUUCAAGACAUGGAUCGAAUAUUAUCUGGCCGGAAACCAUUGAUUAGGCUAGGAGCAAACAUGCCAGCAAGAGCAGAGCGAAUGGCUAGAAGAAGUGAUUUUGAUCAGUAUACUCAGGGUGGAGUCAGUCACUUUUCACAUAGUGGUGAAGUUUAUGAAGUAGUAUUAUACUUUGGCAUCAUUGACAUCCUCCAAGAUUACGACAUCAGCAAGAAAUUAGAGCAUGCAUACAAAUCCCUACAAGCAGAUCCUACUUCGAUAUCAGCUGUUGAUCCAAAACACUACUCAAAGAGGUUUCGGGAUUUUAUAGGAAGAAUUUUUGUGGAAGACAGGUAGCAUCAUGAGAAGGCAAAUUUGGAAUAAAAUAUCUGCCUCUGAUAAGUUAGAGAAAACGCCACUUCAUCUUGACUGCACCAUUCUGGAGUGCCACGCUGGGAAAUAUGCAGGUCCUGUUACUAUCUUUGAGCGAAUACUCCAUGGGGACACUGAACAAGCCACUGACUGUAAAUUUGUGGGAGAGCUCGGGCGGCAGCAGGGUUAUUGAGGAAAUGCGGAUGGCUGAAUUUUGAGGAUCAGCCAUCACCAUGAUGUUGAAGGUGCAGGCGCUUUGUACAUUCGAAGGGGAGGGAAAUUUGGAUUCUGAUGAUUUCCUUUUUGAAAAAAAAAUUAUUUUUCCUUGUAUUUUCAUUUUUCUUUUCUUGGGUGAAAUUUUUGUGGUAAACGAGGAAUGUGAAUUGUGAAGAUUUGAAAGAUAGGUAGUAGGGAACAGAGACGAUGUUUCCCAGAGAGAAGAUUCAAAGUGGGAGGAGACUUGGAAUAAGAAAGUGUACAGCUUAUAGAAGGAUGGAUAGUUUAUGGAAUUUCAUGAAUUUUUUUUCUGUGAGAUA